GGGCGCGGGAGGGUUCGCCUUUGCAGCGGAAGGAAGGCAGCCCUACGCACCCAGGACCAGGACCAGGAGGAGGAGGCGGGACUCCCUCCCGCCCAGGCCAAGGUGCGGAGAUGCCCCGGCCCAGCCGCUGACAGCCCGGCGCCCCCAUGCCCCCCAGGUCACAUUGGGAGGCCCACAGCGGUGUCGAUCGAUGUGGGUGCCGGGCCCCACCUUUUAGCGGAGGGCUCCAUGCUGGGGCUUGGGCGGCUGUCAUGCUGAAGGCGUGGGCCUCCUGAUCCUUGGCGGCCUGGCUCUCCCGAGGUGCCCGCUUCUCGACCAGCCAUGGGAAGCUGCUUCUCCAAAUCCAAGCCAGGGUGGAGACUUUCGAACUCAAGAGUCCAGAGUCCAGCGCCGUCGGCCUCCUUGUCCCAUCGCAGCAUGAGCGGCCUGGUUCCGCGGGUGGAAAUUGAGGCCGCGGGGCCCCUUUCCGACGACUUCCGACAUGCCAAAGGAGCGGAGAGUUUGCCCCCGGAGGUCUUGAAAGAGUUGGCCGAGGAGCUCUCGGCCCCGCUGAGGCUGAUUCUCAAUAAAUCCUGGGGCGCGGAGGAUGUGCCCGGGGACUGGACCACCGCCGAGGCCGCCAUGCCCAGGUUUAGAAAAAGUACACGCAACGAACGGGUCGAGGUGAAGAUCGAGGUGGUCCUGCCAGAGAAGGAGCGGGCCAAGGAGGAGAUGUCGCCCAACGGGAAGGCCAGCCCCAUCAUCUACAAGGCCAACGGCACCUCGCGGCAUUACCAGCUGGAGGAGCACCCCGUCGCCCUCAACCCUUACCGGAACCUGAAGGACGUGGUGGAGGCCUCCGUUUGUUACGUCAAAGACCUGGACAACGGGCAGAUGCGAGAGGUGGAUCUGGGCUGCGGCAAGGCCUUGCUGGUGAAAGAAAACGGGGAGUUUUAUGCCAUGGGUCAUAAGUGCCCCCAUUAUGGUGCGCCACUGGUGAAAGGGGUUCUGUCCAAGGGACGCAUCCGCUGCCCCUGGCACGGGGCCUGCUUCAACAUCGGCACGGGAGACAUCGAAGACUUCCCCGGCUUGGACAGCUUGCCCAAAUUUCAGGUGAAAAUCGAGAAAGAGAAGGUGUACAUUCGAGCGAGCAAACAGGCUCUCCAGACGCAACGGCGCACCAAAGUGAUGGGCAAGUGCAUCUCCCUCAGCAACUACAGCAUCAGCAGUACCAACGUGCUCAUCAUCGGGGCAGGUCCCGCCGGAUUGGUAUGUGCCGAAACAUUGCGGCAAGAGGGCUUCUCGGACCGGAUUGUGAUGUGCACCAUGGACAGGCACUUGCCCUACGACAGACCCAAGCUAAGCAAGUCAAUGGAUUCCCACGCAGACCAGAUUGCAUUGCGCCCCAAAGAGUUCUUCCGGACCUAUGACAUCGAGGUCCUGACCGAAAUGCAGGUGGUGGCCGUUGACGUCAAGAACAAGACGGCGGUCUUCAAGGACGGGUUCAAGAUGGAGUAUAACAAGCUGCUCCUUGCAACUGGGAACACGCCUAAAACCCUUAGCUGUAAAGGCAAGGAAGUGGAGAAUGUGUUUACCAUCCGGACCGUGGAAGACGCCAACCGGGUGGUCAAGCUGGCCACCAGCAAGAACGCCGUCGUGGUCGGAGCCUCCUUCCUAGGCAUGGAGGUGGCGGCCUAUCUCUCCGACCGGGCCCACUCCGUCUCGGUGGUGGAGCUGGAAGAGGUGCCUUUCAAGAAGUUCUUUGGGGAGAAGGUUGGCCGGGCCCUCAUGAAGAUGUUUGAGAACAACCGAGUGAAAUUUUACAUGCAGACCGAAGUCUCCGAACUGCGGGAACAGGAGGGCAAGCUGAAAGAGGUGGUUCUGAAGAGCGGCAAAGUUCUCCGGGCCGAUGUCUGUGUCAUAGGCAUAGGUGCCACCCCGGCGACCGGCUUCUUGAAGCAGAGCGGUGUCCAUGUGGACUCGAAAGGUUUCAUUGCGGUGAAUAAGAUGAUGCAGACCAGCAUCCCGGGCGUUUUUGCAGCUGGAGACGCCGUGGCCUUCCCGCUGUCGCUGCGGAAUAACAAGAAGGUGAACAUCCCUCAUUGGCAGAUGGCACACAUGCACGGGCGCAUAGCGGCCCUAAACAUGUUGGCGCAUGGGACCGAAAUCAGCACCGUCCCUUACCUGUGGACAGCGAUGUUUGGGAAGAGCAUCCGCUAUGCAGGUCACGGAGAAGGCUUUGAUGACGUGAUCAUUCGGGGGGACUUGGAUGAGCUGAAGUUUGUAGCCUUUUACACCAAGAACGAUGAAGUGGUCGCUGUGGCCAGCAUGAACUACGACCCCCUGGUCUCCAAAGUCGCGGACGUCAUGGGCGCCGGGAGAACCAUCCGGAAACGAGACGUGGAGCUCUUCAUCCGCUACGGCAAAAUCGGAGACAUGUCUUGGCUAACCGGGAAAGGGUCCUAACAGCCCCAGUUUUCCAAGGGCUUGGCCAUCGCUCCAAGAAGGAGAUGUGACUUUGAGGAACCCGGCGCUUCUCUCCGCUCUUUCCCCGAGCCGGGCUCUUCAUCUCUUGCCGUCCCAAAUCUCCCAUGCUUGGGAACAUCCACACUGGAGAUCCACCUGCACUUUAAGAAACCCCAAAGACCAAGGGGGGGGGGGAAGCAUUGGGUCUGUUUUUGGGGGCCUCGCUGGAUACGUACUUGUGGGAGGCACAAAGGAGCCUGCUGCCCCCACAAGAGAAGAAUUCUGCCCCCUCCAAGAGCGGAGGCCCUCGUGUCCUCUUCUGCCUUUCAUUGUCCUGCCCCCCUUGGUCUCCGCCUCCCCAAAUCCAGCCUCUCCCAGGCAUCUUGGGCUGCAGUUAACAGAAAUGAUGGGAGAUGCAGUAGCCCAGACUGAAGAAGACUGCCUUCCCGUGUCGGUUGAAAGCCUCCGCCGACUUUGCCACAUGCGUCACGAACCAUCUCUUUUUCUAGGUUCUUAAUAAACUAAUACCACGCCG